UAAAUUCUUAGAAACACUUCAGCUCUCAGACACUGAGCGUCAAGGAGUUGUGCCCAUCUGUAAAUACUUUCAUACUUCAGUUUUGUCACUCUCUGAAAGGUAUUUACGAAGUCUGGGACGCUAUAAUUAUGUUACUCCUACGUCUUAUCUUGAGCUUAUUGCUGCAUUUCAGAGACUUCUUACUGAGAAAAGAGACAGUGUAAUGAAAGCCAAGAAGAAAUAUGUGAAUGGGCUAGAUAAACUAGCUUUUGCUGAGUCACAGGUUGGUAGGAUGAAAGUAGAAUUAAUUGAGCUGCAGCCCAAACUGGAAGAGGCUAAAGUGGAAAAUGCAAGCAUGAUGCAG